AUGUACAACGAUACUGGUCACGACCUAGUCAUCGCGACACUGACUGCCAACACUGCUAUCGAUAAGUCGAGAUUAAUGUUUGCUAUCCGAAUCACACCACUCCUAUGUCAGAGCUUGCUCGACAAGCAGAGGAUCGACUAG